CAUGACUCAGAAACCGGUUCCCCCGGCUGUAACAAUGAUACAGCUCUGGGAUCAUUAGCUGGUAAGCCAAUGCCUUGGCUCCCUCAGCCAGUCUCUCUACAAGGUGUGUUGCUGUCAGACUGCUGGGAAAGCACUCCCAGGUGUGGAAAGAGAGGACUCGCCACCGCCUUGGACUUGGACUUCAAGGGACAUUUCUUUCCGGGAAGAAAUUUAAUGUUAAUUAAAAAACGCCUCCAGAAGAUUCACUACUGCACAGUAGAGGGGGAGCAAACCCAGGAAGGACCGGCAUGGGAAUCCUAUAUUCUGAGCCCAUCUGCCAGGCAGCCUACCAGAAUGACUUGGGGCAAGUGUGGCGGUGGGUAAAAGAGGACAACCAUUACGUGAAUGUUCAAGAUGGCUUCAAUGGAGAUACUCCCCUCAUCUGCGCCUGCAGGCGAGGACACUUGAGAAUCGUCUCCUUCCUCUUAAGGAGAAAUGCUGAUGUCAACCUCAAAAACUUGAAGGAGAGAACUUGCCUCCACUAUGCUGUGAAGAAGAGGUUUACCUUCUUUGAUUAUCUACUCAUUAUCCUUUUAAUGCCUGUCUUGCUUAUCGGAUAUUUCCUCAUGGUAUCAAAGACGAAGCAGAAUGAGAAUCUUGUACGCAUGCUCCUUGAUGCUGGCGUUGAAGUUAAUGCUACCGACUGUUAUGGCUACACAGCUUUGCAUUAUGCUUGCCAGAUGAAAAACCAGACUCUCAUCCCUCUGCUUCUGAAAGCCCGUGCAGACCCCAUGAUAAGGAACAAGCAUGGUGAGAGUUCACUGGAUAUCGCACAGAGACUAAAAUUUUCCCAGAUUGUAUUAAUGCUAAAGAAAGCCUCAUAGCCCUGUGAAUUCUUGUGUGGUGACAGAGAUACAGCUGAAGGACUGGAUGUUGUCGCUUUCAUGGAUGAUUGCUCUACAGACACCCAAGCUGGAUGCAUCUGCCUUGUGACAAGCACUGGACUUAAAAUGACUUUCAUUCAGUGGAGGUCACCAUGGCCACCAUCCCUCUGAAGGACCCAUUACACUUGUUGGAAUCUCUAUUACUGUUAAAACUGAUUUUUUUUAAAAAUUCUAAUUCAGUGUCUUUUAAGAACAAGCCAGAGUUGCCCGAGGUCACAUUCUCUCUUCCUAGUUGUGUCAGCCUUCCAAAGACUUUGCCCUACAUCCUGUCCUGGGAGACAAAUGGUUCUUCACAGGCCCCUUGACGUACUAAGCCAAACAAUCAAAGCAUGUGCAUUUGAAGAACAUGGCAUGUACGUGUGGAGAGUUAGAGAUUCCAGCAUAAAUAUUCCUUUGAUGGAAAAUCUUCAGUAAAAACAUCUGUCAGUUGUCAGUUAUGAGUUUGUCUAAACCAUAGAAACUGGUACAUGUUCCACAGCAGAACUGGUUUUUGUCAUCGUUUCCCAGGGGCUGGUUGACUUAUAUACCAGCAUACAGUUCACCAUCAGUUUAUAAGUAAGUGUCUUCUCAGUUUAUAAGUUAUGUAAGUAUCAAAAAUGUCUGUACAGAGUCCUUAUCAGCAGAAGCUGUAGCCAAGUGGUCAGAGCAUGUGUUUGGUAUUCAUAAAGGCCUGAGCUUAAUCCUCACCACCACAAAUAAUCUUCUUGUGAACACAAGUUAGUUGCUAUUUGUUUAUCUAUUUCUCUUUUUGUGGCAUUGGGAGUUCAACUUGGAACCUCACUCCAACCAAGUGUGUUGUCUACCACUGUUACACACUCAGCCCCAAUUCUGUUUAGUUUUAUUGACAAAAUUUAAAACAUUAUAACUUAUUUGUUUAAAGGUCUUACCUCUUCAUAGAAACAGAGAAGUAUUUGGGUUGUAUUUCUAAUUGAGAGGUUAUGAAUACUAAACUAUCUGUCUUACUCCUUUUGUGAAUGACACUAAAUGGAACUAAAUCUACGUCAUGAGUGAAUCUUGAAAAUCCAGAUGAUCUAGGCACAGUUGUAGACAUGGACUAAGCCACAUUACAUACUGCAGCCAAAACAAUAAACAAUGAAAGAUUUUCUAUCCUUGAAUACAAAAGGGAUCAAUAAUAUCAAACCUGGAAAUGUUCACGGAGCUAUGUAAAGAACCCAAGGGUCU